AAAGGACAUCCCAUCUGGAAGAACCUGCAGGUGCCAUCCCGUCGCUCUGCCUCACGUCACGGAUCGCCCUCAGUCAGAAAUCUUGACUUGCAACUUCGGAGGGUGGGUCCCUGCAGGAAUCCCAGCGCACGCAGCGAUGAGGAGCGCUGCCCUGUGGUAGCAGGCGCCGGGCUGGAACGCGGGCAGGCGGCUGGGCGGCUGAGGCUGGGGGCGCCUUCUGUGGACUGAAACCCCAGACAGGGAUGCUGUGACACUUGGAUAUAUAUACACACACACAGACGUAUAUUUAUACUGUACCUGAGUUCGUUGGGAGUGAGCUAUCAUAUACACUCAAGAAUGUUUCAGACGUUUAAAGACUGGUUUUGGUUGGAAAGAUUCUGGCUCCCUCCGGCAAUAAAGUGGUCAGACCUCGAAGAUCACGAUGGGCUCGUCUUUGUAAAACCCUCUCAUCUGUACAUGACCAUCCCAUAUGCCUUCGGCCUGCUGAUUAUCCGGCAUGUCUUUGAAAAAUUUAUCGCCACACCUCUAGCAAAGACUUUCGGUAUUAAAGAGGAAGUUCGGAAGAUUAUACCAAACACUGUCUUAGAGACUUUUUACAAACGCUCUACGAGCAAACCAUCUGAAGAUGACGUUUACGGCCUGGCGAAGAAGUGCAACCUGACGGAGCGCCAGGUUGAAAGAUGGUUUCGGGGUCGGCGGAAUCAGGACAGGCCUUCCAGGAUGAAGAAAUUCCAGGAGGCUUGCUGGCGAUUUGCAUUUUACUUAGUGAUUACUGUGGCUGGGAUCGCGUUUCUUUAUGAUAAACCUUGGGUAUAUGACCUCGGGGAGGUGUGGAAUGGCUAUCCCAGACAGCCCUUGCUGCCAUCCCAGUACUGGUACUACAUCCUGGAGAUGAGUUUUUAUUGUUCGCUCUUACUCAGCCUGGGCUCUGAUGUGAAGAGGAAGGAUUUUUUUGCUCAUGUCAUCCACCACCUGGCUGCUCUCAGCCUGAUGAGCUUCUCCUGGUGCGCUAACUACAUCCGCAGUGGGACCCUGGUGAUGAUUGUGCACGACGUGGCUGACAUUUGGCUGGAGUCUGCGAAGAUGUUUUCUUACGCUGGAUGGAAGCAAACUUGCAAUACCCUGUUCUUCAUCUUUUCCGCCAUAUUUUUCAUCAGCCGCCUCAUCAUUUUCCCCUUCUGGAUUUUGUAUUGCACGCUGGUGAUCCCGAUGCUCUACCUCGAGCCCUUCUUUUCCUACAUCUUCCUCAACCUGCAGCUCAUGGUCCUGCAAAUCCUUCACCUUUACUGGGGUUACUUCAUCCUGAAGAUGCUCAAGAGAUGUAUAUUCACGAAGAAAAUCCAGGAUGUGAGGAGUGAUGACGAGGAGGAGUACGAAGAAGAGGAAGAGGAAGAGGAAGAGAAGAAGGAAGAGGCCACCAAGGACAAAGAGAGAGACUGUUUGAAGAACGGACUCGGGCCCGACCGGAGCCUCCUUCCCAAUGGUCAUCAUGGCCGUUAGCGGGAAGCCCACGUGGGUCUCGGGCCAUGUGACCAGGGCCACAGAAGCCAGGCUGCCCUCCGUCACUGCAACCCAGGCCCCACAGGGACCCCAGACCCGCCCUCCCUCUCCCCAGUGCCCCCUCCAGAUGUAUUUAACAAAAACGUUGUUGGAAUGUGUUAAAAUGUUAAAUAUAAGCGUUCCCAUGGAUUUACUGCAGUUAGGAGUGAGACCGGUCAGAGAGUUCAAGGAUUUCUCCAGGGAACCAUGUCGGUUCUCAUUGUCGUUGCACCGCCCGCCUUGCCCAUCCCUAGUGAGUGCCAGCAGUGCUGUCAACCCACUGUCUCCGCUGGGCUUGGCCACAGAGAGAGCCCCUGCCCUAGAACGACUGAGAGGCAGCGAUGGGACAGGGGCUUGUUUUAAACCUCCCAAGCUUGUCGCUCUGUCUGUCCAGGGGAAGAAGCCUGUCCCGCCGGCCUCACAGGGUCGGAGGAAGGAUCCAGCAAGAGAAGGCAACUCCGGUGUUACUGUCCCUGAGCCUCGUCCCCUGCGGUUCCAGCUCCGUUUGGGAGAGAGAACCUGGCUAAGCUGGGCAUUGCAUGGGCCUGAAGGAGAGACACCAGCUUAAAAACUUGCCCAUUCAGCCUGCGUGGUGCUAGCUGGAAAUGCAAAUACCCAGCAGGCCCUUUCCAUUUACGCUGAAACUAUUUAUUUGUUAGUUUCCCAAGGGUAAUUUCUGAAUUCCCUGGGAAUUCUCCUUCAGUCCAAUGGCCACGGGGAGGGAGUUUGGGUCCCAUUCCAUCUUGCUGUGCUGGUCUGUCCUCCUUUUCUUCUCUGAAAGGCCAGCAGAGCUACCCAGCAGGCCCUGGGGGAGUGGGACCUGUCAGGCUGCUCCCUGAGCCACUAUCACCUGGGAAACUGGAGCCUCUGGGCAUGAUAUGCGUGUGAGCUCCUGACCAAGAGGAAACCUUAGACACAGGAGGAGGGUGCUACCCAUUCAUCUCCCCUGUAACCAGUCAGACUGCCAAAUAGCCAAACAGAACCAAAGGCAGCUGGCAAACACCCCAGGCGGUCCAAGCGCAGGUGCUCCUGUCAGCGACAGCUCCCGGGCCACCUGCGCCUCUGGGAGGAUGGAGGGGGCUGGGGGCUCAGGGGCUGCUCUCGGUCCCCACAGGGGGCGUGUCUCGUGAGCCCAGCAUGCAGGGCAGGCCCGGGGUGUCUUAGAUGAUUGCUGGCUGAGGAGAGACCACUCCCAGCAGAAGGAAAACCGGGCACCAUGUGCACCCCCACCCCACCCCUGUCUCUCGGACAGUUUUGGUCACACUGUGCACCUUCGUCUCAUUUCACUCAGGGCCCGUAUUUAAGCCAGGGGACAGCUAGGACAGUGGGCACCGUUCACGCGUCCACAUGGGCCCUGGGAACAGGACGGCUCUCUGCGCAGGACAGGUACCUGAAUUGUGUUUUACUUAAAAGAUG